CAAUACACGUCCAGCAGAGACCAGAGUCCAGACUAGCAAAUGAUUCCUUAGCAGUUCCCUGCAUGCCUUCUCGCUCGCCGGCAUGCCGGCCGCGUGGAAGAAACCGCCGAUCAGCCGCUGACGCGGUUGCACGACCACUCGCCCUGGCGCUCAUUCUCGUCUCUACCCUGCCUCGCGCCGCGCACUCGCAGGAUCUGGCGCUGCCACCAGUCCAGCCACGUGGUGUGAGGAGGACGAUGACGUGCGACAACAUCCCGGAGCCCUUCGGCACAAGAUCUAGAGGCGCGUCGCGUCUACCCGGCUUCGAGGUGACGUGCGGGCCAAACAGGGAGGCCAUGCUGUCCAUCGGCGGCGAUGCAUACAUGAUCGAUUUCGUGUCGGUGUCGGGCAGCUACGUGGUCGUCUUCGCGGAGCCCAUCACGCAGGUGUGCUACGACGGCAAGGGCAAGCCGACGCCGGACACUGGAACCGGCGCCAAGAGCUCGGAAGGGACGACGACGACGUUCACUUGGAGCUUGGAAGGGACGCCCUUCACUUUCUCCAAGAGUAACAAGCUGGUCAACUUCGGCUGCAACCGCACGCUCAUGGCUAACUUCUUCAUCGUGCCCGGUGAUUCCAGCCCGCUAUACACCAGCUGCACCACCACGUGCAACACCCUCCAAAUCAGCGGCUCUUGCCUUGGGGAAGCCUGCUGCGAGGCCCCCAUGGACCAGGUGAACGGCGCCAAGGCGUUCAGCCUGUCGUUCGAAAGGACCACGGCCAACGGCACCGGCGAGGAGGACGGAACCUGCAGCGCCGCGUUCUUCCUGGACAAAGACGAGACGGUCUUCACGUUCAGUGGCGAUGAGGUACGGCCGCUAAAAACAGCCUUGCUGCCACCAGGUGAGCGCAGGAUGGUUUUGGAUUGGGCGAUUGGGAGCACCAGCUGCGAGCAAACUCAGAGCUACACCUUCGAGAAACUGUGCAAGUACGGCACCUGCGUCGACGCGCCCACCGGAGCGGGCUAUCUCUGCAAAUGCCCUAGCGGGUACGACGGGAAUCCGUACGUCAGUGACGGAUGCCAAGAUAUCAACGAAUGCCGGAAUUACAAUAGUAAUAAUUGCACCUAUCAGAACCUCUGCAACAAUACUUUGGGAGGCUAUACUUGUUCUUGCCCCGAGAAUAAUAUUGGUGACGGUUACAGGACAGGAACAGGCUGCAACACCACUCUUGCGACACCUGUUUCUCCUUCACAACAACCUCAAGGUAUCAACGUGUGUGAUCACCCGGAAAAGAACCCUUGUACAUACAUUAAGUAUUGCAUUGAUUUGGAAGGAGUUGUUUCGUGCGCCUGCCCUGAAGGGAUGAGUGGCGAUGGCAGGAAAAACGGUAGAGGCUGCUGUUUUAGCUGUCAAAAGCACUUCCCUCUUGACACAGUUUUGGGUGUAAGUCUUGUGCUUAUGGUUACAACGACCACUGCUGCGUCGUGCUACUGCUGGGCAGUAAAGAAAAGAGAGCUAGGAAGAAAGAGAGCGGAAUUAUUCAGGAAGAAUGGUGGCUUACUCCUGCAGCAGAGAUUUUCAACAAUCACAUCUCAAGGCGAGGACCAAUAUUCAUCAAAGAUAUUCAGUGCGGAAGAGCUCAAGGCUGCUACUGACAACUAUAGCGAGAGUCGAAUACUUGGCCGAGGUGGACAAGGCACAGUGUACAAGGGCAUUCUUCCAGAUCAAACUGUAGUCGCCAUAAAAAAGUCCAAGGUGUUCGAUGAGAGCCAAGUGGAGCAAUUUGUCAAUGAGAUUGCCAUCUUGUCACAGAUUGAUCACCCAAAUGUUGUCAAGCUUUUGGGAUGUUGUUUAGAGACACAGGUACCAUUGCUGGUUUAUGAGUUCAUAUCUAAUGGAACACUCUUCCAGCACAUCCACAACAGAAAUGCAACUCGCCCUCUAACAUGGGAAGACUGCUUAAGGAUAGCUGCAGAGACUGCAGACGCACUUGCCUAUCUGCACUCCGCGUCUUCUAUACCUAUCAUACACAGAGACAUCAAAUCAAGCAACAUUCUGUUGGAUGGGAACUUCGUGGCUAAAAUAGCAGACUUCGGUGCAUCAAGAUCAGUCCCAUUUGAUCAAACCCAUAUAACUACUCUUAUUCAGGGGACUAUUGGGUACCUCGAUCCCGAAUAUUUCCAAAGCAGCCAACUCACCGAGAAGAGUGACGUUUACAGUUUCGGAGUCGUUCUUGCAGAACUGUUGACCAGGCAAAAACCUAUUUCUGCAGCAAGGCCGGAAGAUUCAUGUAACUUGGCUAUGCAUCUGGUGGUUCUAUUUAAUAAAGGGCGCCUACUUCAGGAGAUAGAGCCACACAUUUUGGCCGAAGCAGGUGAAGACCAAUGUUAUGCCGUUGCAGAGCUUUCAGUGAGAUGCUUAAACGUGAAGGGAGAAGAACGGCCUGCCAUGGUGGUGGUGGCUUCUGUUUUACAAGAGCUAAGAAGGUCAUUCACCAUAGACCAGGCUGUCGGAAUAAAAGAUGAAUCGAUACAGGAAAACAGUGAACAAGAAGAGAAACAUCUACAUGAGUCCAGAUCAAUUCCCAGUUUGCAGUCAUCAGAAGUAAGCACACAAUGUAGCAUGGAGGCCAAAAUGUCAUCUUUUUGUUGACAAAAUAAGCAAAUUUUAUAUUAAAAUCAGAACACAUAUACUGUGACAAUCUCAUAAACUAAUAUAAGUAUAGCUCGUAUACCA